AUGGCAUUGAAAAAUCAGGUCGGCCAAAAAAUCAUGAACGAAGUGAUAAAAUACAAACCCCAAAAGAAAAAUGGCCCUGCUGCUGUGGCAGGAGGAAAAAUGGAAUGGAGAGUCCUGGUUGUAGACAAACUGGCCAUGAGGAUGAUAUCUGCUUGCUGUAAAAUGCACAAUAUUUCAGCUGAAGGCAUAACUUUGGUUGAAGAUAUUUUCAAAACCCGCGAACCAUUGCCCACAAUGGAAGCUGUUUAUCUGAUAACUCCUUCAAAAGAGUCUGUGGAAGCACUAAUGAGGGACUUUGACGGCAUCAAACAUAUUAUGUACAAGGGGGCACAUGUUUUCUUCACUGAAGUAUGCCCUGAGGAAUUGUUCAACGAACUGUGCAAAUCUUGUGCAGCAAAGAAAAUUAGGACUCUCAAGGAGAUCAACAUUGCAUUUUUACCGUACGAAUCUCAGAUCUUUUCGUUGGAUUGUGCCGAGACUUUCCAAUGCUACUAUAAUCCAGCCUAUUCCCAAAAAUACAGCGCCAAUAUGGAAAGGAUGGCAGAGCAAAUAGCUACUUUGUGUGCCACUUUAGGCGAAUAUCCUUCUGUAAGAUAUCGCAGUGACUGGGACAAAAACGUUGAACUAGCCCAACUGAUUCAACAAAAAUUGGACGCCUACAAAGCAGACGAACCAACAAUGGGCGAAGGUCCAGAAAAAGCCAGGUCACAGCUGUUGAUUCUGGAUCGUGGCUUUGAUUGUGUUUCCCCACUUUUACACGAAUUGACUUUCCAAGCCAUGGCCUAUGAUUUGUUAAAUAUACAAAAUGAUGUUUAUGAGUAUGAAGCUUCUGCUGGUGUAAAAAAAGAAGUCCUCCUUGACGAAAACGACGAAAUGUGGGUGGAACUGCGUCACCAGCACAUUGCAGUUGUCUCCCAAAGCGUUACCAAAAACCUAAAAAAGUUCACCGACUCCAAAAGAAUGACAGCUAGCGACAAACAAUCCAUGAAAGACCUGUCUACAAUGAUCAAAAAAAUGCCCCAAUACCAAAAAGAAUUGUCAAAAUACGCCACCCAUUUGCAACUUGCCGAAGACUGCAUGAAACAGUACCAAGGCUACGUGGACAAGUUGUGCAAAGUGGAACAAGAUUUGGCCAUGGGUACUGACGCUGAAGGCGAAAAAAUCAAAGACCACAUGCGUAAUAUUGUGCCAAUUUUACUUGAUCCCAAAAUAACGGAGCAGUACGAUAAAAUGCGCAUUAUUGCUCUAUACGCCAUGACCAAAAAUGGCAUUACUGAAGAAAACUUGCAAAAACUUGCCACUCAUGCCCAGAUUUCGAAUAAACAAACAAUUGCCAAUAUCCAGUAUUUGGGGGUCAAUGUUGUCAAUGAUGGUAGCACCAGGAAAAAACCGUACACAGUGCCUCGUAAAGAACGCAUUACGGAGCAAACCUAUCAAAUGUCGCGUUGGACACCUGUAGUCAAGGACAUCAUGGAGGACUGUAUUGAGGAUAAAUUGGAUCAGAAACAUUUUCCUUAUUUGGCUGGACGUGCUCAGAGCACUGGAUAUCAUCCGACAUCAGCCAGUGCUCGUUAUGGUCAUUGGCACAAAGACCGCAGUCAACCGACAGUCAAAAAUGUACCCCGUUUGAUUGUCUUCAUCGUUGGAGGUGUUUGCUUCUCCGAAAUCCGUUGCGCCUACGAGGUAACAAACGCCCUGAAAAAUUGGGAAGUUAUCGUCGGUUCUUCUCACAUUUUGACGCCGAGAGCUUUUCUUGAACAGCUGACGUCACUCACACCCAACUAG